AUGGGGAACAAGUCUUCGUCGUCGUCGACGCCGUUACCACCGUACGUACUGAGGUCAUCGCGUCAACGGGCUCCACCUUGCACCGUACCAUUCCUUGCGGCACCGGCAGCGUUUCACCAGAGCGCCACGUCUCUGCAUCAUUUCAGUGGCACUGAUUCUGGAUAUAUGACCAGUCCGACCGAUUCUGAACGAUGGCGGACAGAGAGUUGGAAGCUCGGGCAAUCUCGUUUGUCGCUCAACGAAGGGUUCGUUAUCGAUAGGGCAUCAGGCAUGCCGCAAGCUGUGCUUCCGGCGCCCGCGUUUGUGCCUCUUCCACCGCCAACACUGAAACAAUUUAAAAAGUGGCAGAAGAAGCAGAAGAAGCUGUUGAAAAAAAUGGGUUCCAUGGCGCCCGCAAUUAUCCCUCCGCCAGUGGUCCCUAUUCUACCAUAUGCGCGAGCUUUCUCUGUCGACAAUUUGUCCAGGUUCUUCUUUUGUGAAAUUAUGUGUUGUCAGUGUGGAUUCAGGGUUCAACGCUCAGCCACCUGUUUCCAGUAUUGUUGUAUGUAG